CUCUCUCUCUCUCUCUCUCUAAAGAGCGAAAACCCUGCGAUCGCGAGCGAAGAGGAAGAAGAAGAAGAAGACGAAGACGAAGACGACGACGACGACAUGGUUCCAUCUCUCAACGGCCUCUGCUCCUUCGAGAUCCGAAUCAACGAGGAGGAGGAGGAGAGGAUGAAGAGGCUCCCGCGGUGGGUGCGGAACUCGCACCAGAGCGCCGUCGAGGAGCUGGAGCGGAUGAGGCACGACCCCGCAGUGGGAGAUAAGGAAAAGUUCUCGUCAUUAGCUGCUGAGUAUGAAUUCAGCUAUUCUGACAUUGUCGAAAAAAUCGAGCUUCUUGGCGACGACUACGAGUCGUUCAGGCAAAUACGCCGCGAUGGCAACAAUUUCUACAGAAGCUUCAUCUUCUCCUAUCUUGAGCAUCUUAUGGGGAAACACCCUUUGCCAGACGCAAACGAGUUAUAUCGCAUCCUCUCAAUCCUGGAGAAGUACAAACAGAUGAAUGCGGCAUUGGGUGGCCGUCGAGAUACCUUUGACUACUUACUGCAGGAAUUUAAGUGCGUGCUGGCGAAUGUUAUCUGUGGACCGCCAAGGGAUGUGAGUGCCGAGAAGUAUCUACGGGAUUGCCUCGAUGAGCAGAACGAGUUGAACGGUGCGUGGAAUCGCUCUACAUUCUCCUACUUUCGUCUCCUCGUUUGUUUCCUUCGUUUUCCUCUUACUUGGUUUGCUUUCGGGGGCUCAGGUAUCAUCUUAUUGAGACUAAUCACUUCUGUCGAGAUUCACUCGCAGAUCAACCACUACUCACCGACGAUAGUCGCCUUCACUUCCGCAAGCAUAAAAGAGUUUGUGGUCGAGAAGGCGAACGUAUUGAACAUCCUGAAGGACCUGAUAUGCGCCGAGGCCCUCAGCAACGCCCUCGACGUCCCCAUGCACGUGGUGCAGCUCGACGCGCCCCCCCUUGGGGCGAUAACCGAGGGGCUGCGUGUGCACAUGUUCAACUGCUCCUCCUCUCGGCGCGGUAGAGAGGCGGGCGUCACGGAUUACGUCGUGACCCUGCGCACCCCGAAACCGCCAGCUCCUUUCCCUUCGUCCGGUCUGUCCGAUAUGAAGGGGUUGGCCGCAGCAUUGGACGACGACGGUGACGGUGACGGCGAUGAUCAUAGUCGUAGUAGCUCGGAAUGUGCUAGGGAUCCUCGUGUGGUGUUGAUGUAUUGGCGAGGACAUUACGGCGUACUCUACCCGAAGCGCGGUAGCAGCACCGCCACCACGGCCAUGCUGUGCUCUGCUCCGGCCGAGUCUCCUCCCUCCGAGUUUGACUCUGAUUUUGUUAUUUAGAAAUUGCAGGAGAGGGAAGAGAGAGAGCUGCUGAGUCUUUGACCGUGCCGCGCUUCUUAACCAGAUUGAGGCAAGCUCUCUCUCUCUCUCUCUCUCUCUAGAUAUAGUAAAAACUGCUAACACACGAUGGCUAGGUCAUAUUGAAGAGAAAAAGUAGUAAAGAUUCAGUUACACAAAGCUGAGCUCGUAUUACAACGUCAAGAGACAUUUCUUCUGCAAUUGCAAUAGAUAAUAAAGUUUCAGUAAAGUGAACUUUUCGCAGUAGCAUAGUAAAUUCUCUGUUUUUGUUACUUUCC